CUGCCCGACCCUGUAAGUGGCCUUCCGUGUCCAAACUUCAAAUUACUUCAGCCAUGGUCUCUGGCCAACCCCCCGAAAGCCCCUCAUGUUCUGCAGCUUUCUUUAUCCUCGGUCAGCCCUCUCGCUUGCCUUUCCCUAGUCUCUUCCAUCCCCUCAUCACUCCUGUAUCGCUUAAUCUGGCUAUUCAUUUCCCGAUCGAGCGUUCACGUGUUCAUCCAUUGAUUGUCCACCAUGGCUUCAGAACCGAAUCCCUCUUCCUCCAACAACGACCUAAUGGCGCUUGAAACUCCUCUGCUUCGUGUGAGCCGACCUGUGGCUGCUUGCUCGCGGUGUCGGGCAGCCAAGGUCAAGUGCGAUGGCAAAUUGCCCGCCUGCACGGCAUGUGAGAAGUCGAAUCGAGCCUCCGAGUGCUCCAGCACCAACGACCAGUUCGCCCGGGGCAAGGAAAGGAGUUAUGUGGCCACCCUGGAAGCCCGGGUCGAGAGGCUCGAGAAGAAGAUCGCCGAGGCCAGAGCAAGAAGGAAAUCAUCGUCCGUGUUGAUGCAAGAUGCCGACAGUGCCACUCCACGCCGGACUUCUGUGGACACCCUGAAGGCCCCUCGCCCCAUCAGCAAACGCGCCGCGCGAAGAAAAGAGGCUUCAGAUAUCGACGAUUUAGUGUCCGAUUUCGGUCUGCUUGCCGUCAAUGCAACGGCAAGAGACUUCUAUGGCUUCACUUCAGCAAUGUCGUAUGCUCGGCUCGUUCUAUCGGCGAGCGCUAAGGAAGCCUUACCUUCUGGGCUUCACAAAGCUCUCCCCCCGAGAUUUGCUGCAACACCCCUCAUCCAGCAUUAUCUAAACAAUGUCUUCAUGCUUCUACCCAUCUUCGAUGAAGCCAGCCUGUAUGCCUGUAUUGAUGCCGUUUAUCAUCCAGAUGAUAAUGCUUCGGCUUUCGAUCACUGGAUUGUUCGUAUGGUACUUGCAAUAGCAUGUUUAUCACAGUCCGAGUCCCGCGGAGACACCUUGUAUUCUGAUGCAGUUGGCCACGUCAAUGCCGCUCUCGAGCAUGCGGAGGAGGUUCUACAUCCAGGAUUUGUCAGCAGUAUCCAAGCGCUGAUACUCCUCGUCGAGUACGCAAUCAUGGAUCCUCACCAUUUCGACAGCUGGACAUUGAUUGGUGCCGCGUCAAGGGCCAUGGUCGAUCUCGGGAUUCAUCAAGAUCCGUCACGGAGCACCGCAAUAUCAAGAGCCAAGCUCGAGAUUCGGAGAAGAGUGUACUGGUGCGUAUACGCGCUAGACAGGUCAACAUCUCUUGUUCAGACUAGAGCUUUCUCCUUCUCCGAUGAUUCCAGCCACGUCUCCUUUCCAUUCAGCUCACAGUCCACGUCCCCCAAACACUCGUCUCCGCACACGCAGGUCUUCCUUCAGUCUUUCGACGCCGCUCUCGACCUCUUUCGAAUACGCGAAAUCCAAUCUGGCUGGUACAUGGAUCUUUUCCAGUCGGGGCGUGAACCUUGGCGAGACCCAUAUCCAUAUAUAUGGAAGCAGUACGCCAAGAUGACGAGUUGGUUUCAAGAAAUGCCAUCAAGCAUACUACCGUCAACAAAGACGUUCUUUGAAUUAGAGCUUCUAUACAGCUACGUCUACAUUCUCUCUCCAAGCCCACGCAUACCCCACAUUCACGAAUACGCUCAAAGGUUAAUAUUCGAGCACUGUAUUGCCUAUGCCACUAAUCUUCUAGCCCUCAUCUCAAAGCCAUCGAAUACAACGAAGCCGCCAGUGACUUUCUAUGAUGCCAUGCGCGCAUACAUGACCGGCCGUCAAUUCGUCGACGUCCUAUCCCGCAACCUGGACGUUAUCCUCGACCCAAUGCCUCCCACACCACCAGCUCCCUCCGUGCCUCCAUCGACAUCCGAGGACCCUCUUGCACCACCAGCACAAAUUCCACCUCCUACCUUCCCAUCGCCAAUCAUACCAGAUGGCCAAUCUACCCCCAAAGACCCCACAACAAGAGCCAUCAACGCCAUCAAUGACUUCACAACCAUUCUCUCCCGCUUCGGCCUCCGCUUCGGCUUCACCCACUGGCGCGACCGCUUCCAACGAGAAUCUUCAGCCCUCCAAUCGCAGCUCUACCACCGCGCAUCCAUCUCCCCAAUCCCCUCACCCCCGGCCCAUGCCAUCCAGCCACAGCCAGGAUACCACCCACAGCCAUGGAUCCCAGCAACAAGCCCCCAGCAAAUCUACCACAGCCCGGGCCAGGGCCAUAACUACCCCACAACCCCGCCCUCGGCCUAUACUCCCCAACCCAGCCCCUUUUCGACAAGUCCAUAUGCGCCAUCGCCGUUUGCGACCCACACUCCGUCCACGCAGAUGAGUGAUUGGACGACGCCGUCACCACAGCCAGCUCCCGGGCCUGCGCAGACAAGUAUAUUGGAGAUGCCGCAGCCGACAGAGGGGAGGGUAAGGCAGGCUUUGGUGUACGGGCCCGGUUUGCCGCCAGCGGGGCAUCCGGCAAAUGCGCAAAUUGGGGGGCAGGAAGGGGGUAGCGGAUGGGAUGCGCAAGGACAAGGUCAGGGCCAGGGUCAGUGGUAA